AUGAAGAGAAAACAACAAUUGAGUUUAAAAUCAACAAAUGAAUCUCGUGAAGGACAUUCUACCAGAUUUUUCUACGGUAACUUACAGACACAAAAAUCUGACGAAAAUUUAACAUUUUCUUCAUCGUCAUCAACUCCAAAGACUGAGCAGGCUGAACCUCGAAAAGCAGAGAAGAAAACUUUUCGCUCGAGUGGAAUAUUCAGAUUAAAAUCACCAACUAGAUCUCGCGAAGAAAUGUCUACCAGUUCAAUUGGAAAGACUGAAAAUGUGAAAGCUGGAAUUCCGGAGAAACAAUCUUUUACUUCCAGUGAAAGAUUGAGUUUAAAAUGUUAGUGUUUAACAGAUGUAUUUUAAAAAUAUUUUUAUUUAUAUGUAAAGUUAACAAUUGUAAUUUAUUUGUUUAUUCUCUAUUU